CGCUCUCGAGCUGCCGGCCCCGCCACCUGGGCCCCGGGCCCGGCCCCUUCCGCGCCGCCCGGGCGAUGAGAAGCUGCUUCUGCGUGAGACGGAGCCGGGACCCGCCACCGCCGCCGCCGCCGCCGCCGCCCCAGCGGGGAACAGAGGAAGCCACCAUGCCUGAAGUCAAAGACCUUUCGGAAGCCUUGCCAGAGACGUCAAUGGAUCCCAUCACAGGAGUCGGGGUGGUGGCUUCUCGGAACCGAGCCCCGACAGGCUACGACGUGGUCUCGCAGACAGCAGAUGGUGUGGACGCUGACCUCUGGAAAGACGGCUUAUUUAAAUCCAAGGUUACCCGAUACCUGUGCUUCACAAGAUCCUUUUCCAAAGAAAAUAGCCAUUUAGGGAAUGUGUUAGUGGACAUGAAGCUCAUCGACAUCAAGGACACUCUGCCUGUCGGCUUCAUCCCGAUUCAGGAGACGGUGGACACACAGGAAGUGGCUUUUAGGAAGAAGAGGCUGUGCAUUAAAUUUAUCCCACGGGAUUCAACCGAAGCGGCCAUUUGUGACAUUCGGAUCAUGGGCCGGACCAAGCAGGCCCCGCCUCAGUACACGUUCAUUGGGGAACUGAACAGCAUGGGAAUCUGGUACCGAAUGGGCCGAGUACCACGAAGUCAUGAUGCGUCUCAGCCCACAACGCCUUCCCCGUCAUCCGCUGCUUCCACCCCAGCCCCCAACCUUCCCAGGCACAUCUCUCUCACGCUCCCCGCUACCUUCCGAGGCAGGAACAGCACUCGGGCUGACUAUGAAUACCAGCACUCCAAUCUCUAUGCCAUCUCAGCCAUGGAUGGUGUGCCUUUUAUGAUUUCAGAGAAGUUUUCUUGUGUUCCAGAAAGUAUGCAGCCCUUUGAUCUCCUGGGAAUCACCAUCAAAUCUCUGGCAGAAAUUGAAAAAGAGUAUGAGUACAGCUUCCGCACGGAGCAGAGUGCCGCCGCCAGGCUCCCGCCCAGCCCCACCCGAUGCCAGCAGAUCCCCCAGUCCUGAGGGAGACAACACAGCGCCCGGACUACUGAGCGCCCCUCGCCUGGCCCCUCCCGCCGCCCAUCCACACUGCCCUGCUCGGCGCUCCUGGGAGACUGGGCAGCUGAGCUGUUGCCGCCUCGGUCAUCGGUCAUCGGCUUGCCCGACGUGACGCCGCCCCCCACCCCGGGGAUGCGCCUCCUUAAUCUCCACUAACCUGUGUGUGUGUAGUGACCAGCGGCCCCUCCCGCAUCUGUGUGAUGACCAGUAGUCCUCCGACCACCCCUCCCCUCCCCGGGAGCCAUCUGAGGGCCCUGGACAGUCGUCUGGCCGCCCGGUGAUGCCACCGGCUCCCUGCUCUCCUGACUCUGCCACCACGAAGCUACUGCCUCCUCCCAGAAGACCCUGAGGGGCUGGUGGCCGGGCACAGGGCACCCGCCUCCCCCCAGCACUGAUGGAUCGCCCCCUGGAACAGGUCUCUCACACCAGGGGCAUCGAGUGCCCAAGAACUUCACGGGGACCCUAAGGAAACACGGAGCACGCGGCCGGUGCUGCCCGAGUGGACCUGGGCCCAGCUCGCUGCCCACCGUGGAUAACCCCUGACUCACCCCUCAGCUCACACACUGGACGCCCUGAGGACGGGGGCCAGCCAUCCCCAAGCCACUGGCCCAGAGAGGCCUUGCCUCCCGGGCGAGGCGGCCGAGUGGCUGGGUGCUUGCGAUGGACGUGAACUUUGCCGCCAGGUCCCUGUGCUCAGCCUCCUCACCGUCAUCCCCACAAAGGGCUCAUCUCUGCAGUGCUCACGUGCCAACAACAGCUCCAACUGCCCGGCCCUGCGCCCCGACCAUCAUCACGUGGGUAAAGAGGCUCUGUGAGCCAGUGCCCAAGGACAUGGACACGCCGUCGCCAGACUGAAGCCAGAACUGACCUUUCUGCCACGAGUGCCAGUGACCGUGCUAUCACUCCCCACAGUGCUGGCCGCCCAGCCCAGCUCCCCACCUGGGCACCGGGGCCGCUGUCGGGGCCGCUGUCCUCCCUGGAGGCCCGGGCCUCCCCCGGUGACUGCCUUGUCUGGCCGUGGGACUCUGUCCUAAAUUCUCAAAACCUGGUAUCUCACACCUUGGAGGUGGGGGGCGGGGGUCACCAGAUAGUUGGAGCACUGGACGUGAUCUUUGACACGUGUCUGGCGUAAGAAAGCAGCCCAGGAGAGGCCCUGCCCAGCUGGGGACAGUGCCUCUGCUCCCUGCAGUUCUCCAGAGACACCGGGGUGGCUGGGUUGCAGUCAGGAGGGGCAGCCUCUGGCUGAGACACGGGGCCAGGGCAAGACAUACCUCACUCAGCCGGCCUCAGCUCCACUAUCUCCAGACCCUCCGCCUUUCCCCGCGGCUGCCCCUUGAUCUUUUCAUUCCGAUACCUCUCCUCUCUGUCCCCGAGACCUGAGGACGUCCUGGCGGGGCCGGCCUUCCUUGGAACCCUCCAGGGCCCAGGAGGCACAGGUGGAAAUUCAUCGGGCAGACCUUUGGGAUGGGUGCUCGCCCAGGAUCGAGCCGAUGGCCUGGCCUCAGAUGUACCCACUGAAGUGAGCUGAUUGUUCCUGGGAGUCAGGGGGGGUGGGGGGAGCCCCGAGGGGCCCAGAGAACCUGUGUCUGCUGCUUCGUCUGCUGCUGCUGCCAGGAUGGUGGAGCUGGUCCAAAACCAAGAGUGGGAGUGACCCCUCUGCUCACCUCUGUCUGGCCACGUUGGCUCCAUCCUUCUGUCUCUCCUCACACCCCGGCCGUGGGGUCGUCCCGCCAGGUAACACCCGCGGCCUUCCUCCGCUGAGAAGCAAGCGUUUCGGCUCCAUGGGCCUGAGGAGGUCCAGAGACAGUCACAUGAGAUUCCCUGUCAGGGAGCAAGAGGGCCAUGGUGGGGUCCCCCCCAACCCCUCACCAGCCAUGCCCCCACCAGCCCCCAGCCACCCCUGGGCCAGGCAGAGUGAGGCAGGCCCAGGGCCGCCAGGAGAGGGCAGACCUGUGUGGGCUCGGCCAGCUGGCCAGGCCUCCCCCAGCGGGCAGCCUCAGCGCAGGGUCUAACGAGUGACGGUGGACGGCGCCGUGACGGCAGCUGAAGAGAACGCAGCGACAGUGUUGGAGAAGCCGGCGUCCCCGGCGGCUCCUGACCUCUUGCCUCUCUCCUUCUGAGGCGGGGUGCCCGCCUGCCCCGCGCGGAGGUGAAGCUCGCUCCCCGGGAACCGAGCCCCCUCUUCCCCCUUCCUUUCUGGGACGGUGCUUUUCUCCGCGAACCCUCUGGCCACGAGGGGCGGGGAGGCAGGGCUUCUCUCAGAAACACGAAGGGCAGUGGCCUCCACCCUUCCUGGAAGGACUCCCCAGAGCACAGCAUCCCCCACUGCCUCCUCCUCCGUCCCCCCAAAAUUCUAAGCCUGUCUCCACAGGCCUUGGAAACGGCACAACGGCGGUAAGGAGCAAGCAGCCGGCCCCAGGUUCACUUGUAAAUUUAUAACAAGGUUUAUCCACCACCCCCAAGUCCAGAAACUGACUCUGGCCAUGACCUCCCCUCAGAGGGAUGGUCAGGACGGCGGGAGGCGAGGACCAACACGUCUGAAGCACCUACUCCUUGCCGGGCAGGCGGCCGGCACUUGAAGCACAUUUUCUUCUGUCGCUCCCACCAACCCCCCCCCAAAAAAAACACACCAAUACCCCGAAGCGGAUGCCAGUUUCAGAUGAAGAUGCUGAGACGUGUCCACAGGCACAGAGCCGGCGAGCGGCAGAGGCGGCCCAGGCCCCACUCUGUCCCGUCACGAGCACCUGCCUCUGGGCCAGUAACGGGCCUGCGGGUGUGACGGUGUCUCACCGAGCCCGGGGCGAGGCCGGGUCCAGCCCCCAGGGCUGCGGGCUGCCCCUCACUGUCCACAGGGAUCCCAGCCCGCAGCUCCCUGGAGCCGGCCGGCGGGCCUGAAGGUGAGCGUAAAAACCGAGCUCACCUCCCCGGGGCCUGGAGGGGCCGGGCGCCCAUUCCCACCGCAGCUGCCCGCCCCCCACGGGGCGGCUGGCCAUCCUCACCUGUUGGACCCUGCCAGCCAGGCCUGUCACCACCAGGAACCGGGCCCCAGGCGGGCGGCUGGCUGCGCUAGGUUAGGAACAACGUUGUACUGCGUGUAUUUAUUUGAGGUGACUCUAGUACUUGGCAAAGGGAAGUUUCACUGUGUGAUUGUCUUCUUAAUAUAAUUUGUUAAAUAAACGUUUGUUUUAACCUUUU